AUGAAUACAAUGAUAAUAUAUAAAACCAAAAAUAUAUCGACCAAAGCAAUAUUCAAUUGGUCAGAGAAGAGAAUUCCCCUGAGUAAUCAUAAAAUUAUAAUUUUUAAAAUCAAUAGAGCAAAUUAUUUUAAAAUUCUAUUGAUCAAACAAAAAGCUAAGCUAAUAUUUUAUAAGUAAAAUAAAGUAAUAGUAAAUAAGACUUUCAAAUUUAAAAAGAUUCAUCUUAAAUUUCAUCAAAAAAGAUUCCUUAAAGCAGUGAAAAAAUUUAUGAUAGUUGCUAACAAUCAGAUUAAAAUUAAAAAAAUAAUGAAUCUUUUGAAUAAAGUUACUCAAUUAAUAAGAAUAAUUGCUCAAUAACCACUAGUAAUUUUAAAGAUAAAAGUUUAAGGACUAAUAAUUCUGAAGAAGAUGAACUUUAUAAAAAAAAAUAAGAAGAUAAAAAUACUUUUUUAAAGGAGCUGA